UAUAAAAGGUCUCAACAGUCCCAUUUUCCUGUAAGCAAAGAUCAAAACUCAGUUACAGUAACUCGUCCCUCUGAAGCUUCUUCAGCUCGUCGUCCGAUGGAAAGAUCGAGCCCAGUGAUCGGGACAUUUCUCACCUUAUGGGCGGUCCUUGUCAUUCGAGGGCAAUGUCACACGCCAUUCUUUAUCUUUGGGGACUCAGUCCUAGAUGCCGGGAACAACCAAUACUAUCCCCUCAGUGACCAACCCAAGCCCCGCAUGCCCUAUGGCGAGACCUACUUCCACUACCCAAGCGGGAGAUCCUGCGACGGCCGAAUAAUACCUGACUUUUUAGCGCAGUAUGCGAAUCUGACAUUGAUCGAACCGUACUUGGAGCCCGAGUUCAACAAUUACACAGAUGGAGCGAAUUUCGCGUCCGCUGGAGCUGGGGUAUUCCCUGAAACAAACCCCAAAACGAUACACCUGAAGCUGCAACUGAGCUACUUCGAAGAAAUGAAUAACAAGCUGGAGCCAGAGGCCGCCCAAGAGUUGCUUUCUAAGGCCGUCUACUUCUUCAGCAUAGGAGGGAACGAUUACAUGAACGUUGGCAUGCCACCACUCCCAGAAAAUGGCACUCGAGUGGCGCUCGCGUCCUCUUACAGGAAACAGUAUGUGAAGGCAGUGCUCGGCAAUAUCACCUCAGUGGUCAAGAAAGUUUACGAGAUGGGCGGAAGGAAAUUCCUUUUCCAGACGGUGGGGCCGCUGGGUUGCAUGCCGCUGAGCAGGUGGAUCUCGGGAUCUGAGUGCAUUGCCAAUGUCACGAUUCUCGCCAAGAUGCACAACAAAAGACUGUCGAUUGUCCUCUGGGAGCUAGAGGAUACGUUGCCCGGCUUCAAAUGUGCUGUGUUUGAUUACUACUCCGCCCUUUUAGAGAUGAGCAAGUAUCCGUCAAACUUUGGCUUCACGGAAGGGCAGAGAGCAUGCUGUGGAAGCGGGAACUUCAACGGGGAGUUCACAUGUGGGGACAACGAGACAGGUUACAACCUUUGCAGUGACCCGAGUCAGUACGUGUGGUUCGACGCGGCUCACCCGACUGAGAGCGCCAACAACUACCUCUCUUCCCUCUUCUGGAAUGGAUCUCUCGAAGUUGUGUGGCCCCGCAAUGCAAAGGCGCUGUUCGAAAUGCCUUAGCUAUUCGGACUAGGACGGUCCAUAAUUCCUAGGACUAUUCUACCGAAAAAAUAAUAAAUAAAAUAAAAUCCUAGGAUUGCAAAAUGAUGUUAUUAACGUUAGGAGUUUCCCCGCAAAUUGUUUCAGUUGUUGUACAACAAUGUAUGAAAUAAUUAAUGCGGCCUCCCCACGCCUACCCGUUGAUUAUCACUGGCAUAAGAGAAAUCCAUGCCCUUUAUCCCAUCGACAGUCUUCCCGUGGUCCUUUACA